AUGCCGAGAAACUUGAACUCAGAAAAAUUACCGGGACAGAAAAUCGAACUCCCCCAGGAAAAAACUAAGUCGACCAUUCCGAAGGGCACAGACGGCAAGGAAGGGGUGUGGGAAUAUCCGUCGCCGCAGCAAAUGUUUAACGCGAUGAUAAGAAAAGGGAAGGGAAAUGUCCCGGAGGACGCGGUGGAAAGUAUGGUGAGUAUCCACAACUUUCUUAAUGAGGGCGCCUGGGGAGAAAUUCUAGAAUGGGAGGAUCCCCACACCAAAGUUUCCCAGGUGGAGCCCCGCCUUGAGCGCUUCACGGGAAUCCCCGAUAAAAUGUCCCCCCGUGCAAAAAUAUUCACGACGUUGGGAAAAUAUUUCCCCGAUAAGUUUAGCUCCACGCCUCCAUUCGACCGGCACGACUGGACCGUUCUGCGGAGUAACGGAAAGGGUGGCUGGAGAAAAGUGCGCUAUGUGAUAGACUACUAUGCGGGCCCCGAUGAUGAAUCUACGGGGAUGCCCACUUUUGUUUUGGAUGUGCGCCCCGCUUUGGAUAACCCUGUCAAUGCGGUGGAUCGCGUCAAUCAUUGGUGGGCUUACCAGGGGAAGCCGAUAUGGGACAAGGCGAUGGGCCGAAAGUGA